AUGGCUGUCGCCUCGAUCUCUGCCCAGAGUUCCAUCGGAAUGGGUGCCGUCAUCAACGCCACUUUCGGUUCCAUCAUCGAGAUCGUGCUGUACGCCAUCGCCUUGACUCAGGGCAAGGGCCGCCUCGUCGAAGGUUCCAUCGUUGGCUCGCUCCUCGCUGGUGUGCUCCUGAUGCCGGGCAUGUCCAUGAUCUCGGGUGCCUUUAAGCGCAAGACCCAGAAGUUCAACGCUAAGAGCGCUGGUGUCACGUCCACCAUGCUGAUCAUGGCGAUCAUUGGCACGCUGACCCCGACCAUGUUCUACCAGACGUACGGAUCUUUCCAGAUCCACUGCGAAGGAUGCGCCGAGCCCGACAACGGGAACAAGACGACGUCGGCUGCUCCCAACCUGGCCAAGCCAUUCGACAAGUCCUGGGAGUGCGAUCGGUGCUACUAUACUCACCCGGAGCCGACGACGGACCCCUUCUACCAGUCCCAGGUCAAGACCCUCAUGUACGCCUGCGCGUUCAUCCUGCUUCUCAUCUGGCAAAACCCUCAGCAGGUCAUGGUCAAGGAGGACCUUCCUCACCAGCACCGCGCUGCUCUGGCGCGCAUCACUCCUGCUGCGGUCAUGAACCCCAUCCUGCCUGUCAGCAAGCCGCCUUCCAUCAAAGACCGCCGCACGUCGGACGCUCGCCCCACCCCUUCUCCGCGCCGUGGCAACCUCUCGCCCCGCUCGCUGUCGCCACACGCCACACCGACUCCUGCCAACCCCUUCCCGUCUCAGCAGUUCCACCAGCCGCCGCCGCCGCCAUCUUCGCUUCAGCCCCAUGGUCAGCACACCCAGCACAACCAGCAUGACCCGCACCAGAACCAACAGCCGGUUGAUGUCUCUGCCGAGAACGGCUUCCCGCCCAGAACUGGCUACACUCCGUUCCUGCAGUCUAUUCAGCAAAAGUCGGGUGGCAUGAUUGACAAUAUGCCGCCGCUUCCGGCUACGCUGACCAGCGAGGACGUCCGCACUGCUCUGCACACGCUCGCGACCGUUACUGCCCUGCAUGACCGCAAGAAGCCUGAGGAGGAAGAGGAGUCGCAUGGUGGCCAUGAGGCGCCGUCCUGGACCCGUUUCACGAGUGCCGCCGUCCUGCUCGCCUGUACUCUUCUCUACGCCGGUAUUGCCGAAAUCCUGGUCGACGUCGUUGAUGUUGUCCUGAAGGGCAGCGGUGUCGACGAGAAGUUCCUCGGCCUGACGCUGUUCGCGCUCGUGCCCAACACGACCGAGUUUAUGAACGCCAUCUCGUUCGCGAUGAACGGCAACAUCUCGCUCAGUAUGGAGAUCGGUUCGGCGUAUGCCCUGCAGGUCUGUUUGCUCCAGAUCCCCGCCAUGGUUGCCUUUAGUGCGGUGUACAACCCGUCCAAGGUGGGCGACGACGUUGAUACCUUCACGUAA